AUGGAAGAGCUCCCAAAGAAAUUCAUAAUACCACAUAUCAAACCUUAUGAUGGUACCACCGAUCUAGAAGAUCAUGUGGAUCAAUAUAGUCAACGAUUGACUUUGGUGUCAUACCCAUUCAAUAAGCAUGAAGCAUGCAUGUACCGAGGAUUUUGUUCAACUUUGGUUGGACCUCCUCUGAAGUGGUAUCUUAAUCUUCCAGAAGGGCAAAUCGCUUCAUUCGCACAAUUGGCCUACGCAUUUGUGGAACAGUUUGCAAGAAGCAUGAAGAUAAUUCCAACAUUUGAUGAUCUAUAUCGGCUAUGGCAGAAACAAGGAGAAUCUCUGCGAUCAUUCUUAACAAGAUUCAAUAAAGAAAAAUUGGAGAUUCCAAGGUGUUUAGACGAGAUUGCAAUCAAUGCAUUUUGCAUGGCUCUUAUUCCUGGAAGCAAAUUGUACGGAAAGCUUACUCGUUAUCCAUGUAAGUUAUUUCAAGAAGUGCAGCCAAAGAAAUCACAACAAAAGCAAGUAAGUUCAGAGGCUCCACGUUAUCCUCGUAGAGAUCCCAAACCAAUUGAUUUCAAGAAAAAGCCCCGAUCUCCUGAAUAUAAUUUGGUGAUCCCACCAAACGAAGUCUUAUCAACGUUGAAGAAAAUGGGAGAUGUUGUUCGAUGGCCUGACAAAGUUCAUAAACCGAUAGAUCAACGGGAUACUUCCAAAUGGUGCGAAUUUCACAACGAUUAUGGGCAUAUAACAAAUGAUUGUUUUACCCUCAAAAAAGAAGUAAUCCAAUUGUUGAAGAAAGGUUAUUAUCUGAAAGAGGAAAAGCAACAAUGGCCCAAGCCGAAAGACGAGAAGAAGAACAGAAACCACCUCCCCCCCAAAAAGAUGAUUAACGUGAUAUUUGGCAGAUUAGAAAUCAAUGGAAUUACACACUCAUCGGCAAAGAAACAUGUCAAGCAGACAGAACAUUCUGAGGUAUGGAAUGACAAGUCGAUGGUUCAAUUCACGAGACAAGUCAUCAGUUUCACAGAUGAUGACAUGACGAUAUUACUAAAUCCGCAUGAUUAUGCUUUGGUAAUCACUUUGCAAAUUGCCAAUUACGAAGUCAAAAGAAUCAUGAUUGACGAUGACAACUCAGCAAAUUUACUAUUCAUGCCCACACUACAAGCGAUGGGACUUUCAGAGCCCAAUAUAAUUAGAGGUCAUAUUCCACUCAUCGGUUUCAACGGAGAACAACAAUACACCAUCGGCUCUAUUCCUUUGCAAGUAUACACAAAAGGAGUGAAUCUCCAUGUUCGAUUUAACAUAUUAGAUUGUCAAUCAACUUAUCAUCAAGUGAUACGAUUCCCACAAGAGAUGGAACACAAGAGAUAUAUGGGGAUCAACGUCAAGCAAGGAACUGCUAUGAACAAGCAUUAA